UCAUAUAACCAAAUUGACGAAGAGUUGCUUUAAUUUGACACGGUAAACCAAUGGCGAUGAUGCAGAGCGGCGUCGCCGCCUCAAAAGUCCUCGUCCUCGUCGCCGGGGCAGGUCUGACAGGCUCCAUUGUCCUGAGGAGCGGACAACUGUCUGAUCUAAUUUCUCAGCUCCAAGAGCUAAUUAAGGGUGUAAAUGAAUCUGAAAUAUCUCCUGAAAAGUUUGAUACUAAGCUGCUUGCAGCACAGAUUCAAAAUUUGGCCAAAGAGAUUAGAGAGUAUACUGGAUCACGUCCUAUAACCAUUGUCAAUGAAAGCACUUCAUCCAAUGGGACUUUGAGUUCUUACAUGCUGCCAGCUGCUGCACUUGGAGCAGCAGGAUAUUGUUACAUGUGGUGGAAGGGGUGGUCACUUAAUGAUGUUAUGUUUGUAACCAAGCAUAAUAUGGAAAAUGCUGUUGCUACCGUUUCAAAAAAGUUGGAACAUGUAUCUGAAGCUUUGAAUUCAACAAGGAAGCAUUUGAGCAAGAAGUUAGAGAACUUGGAUUGGAAGCUUGAUGAGCAGAUGGAAACAUCUAGGCUUAUUGCAAAUGAUGUAACUGAAGUGAGGACCAAUCUUAAUCAAAUUGGAUAUGACAUUGAAUCGAUACAACAGUUGGUAUUUGGUUUGGAAGGGAAGCUUGAAAAUUUAGAAAGCAAGCAGGAUGUAACAAAUACUGGAUUGUGGUAUCUUUGCCAAGUAGCUGGAGGGACGAAGAAUGAGAUAGAUGCUAAGCCUUUACAGGAUGUUGGAACUAAGUUGUUGCCAACCUCUACAAAGGAGGAAAACGCGGUAAAGGGACUUCAAUUCCUUGUUGACUCUGACAAGCAGAAACCGGACAUAAAUAGUAGUACGAAGGUUAACAUCGGUAAUGGUCCUCUUUUGCGUACAAGAUUUCAUCGUCCCUACCCAAUUGGAGUGUCUUUACCACCCGAUGGAUUGGGUGGUUUCUGAUAAAGCCGACACUGAAACAGUUAUGGUAAUAUGAUUCUUACACAAGGGCUCUUGUGCGAUUUGAUAAUUCUUUUUCUUCUAUUUUGUGGGAAAUCAAAUAUGUUUGAUGACAAUCCCUUUGAUUGUACAAAAAUAUAUACGAAAUUUGCUGACUAGAAAAUGUGUUACAUAUGUUAUUAUCGAUUUGAUUGACAUAUUGAAGGGACUUGAUGUGCCUAUAUAUAUAAUAUUCAGUUUUAUUUAAGGGUUA